CACUGGAAAAGUAUCGAGAAUCCUUGACCGAGGCAAUCGUUCCAUAAGUUAUGUAUUGAACGCGAUGGUCUUUCACGUGGCUCCGACAACAAUUGAAGUUGGACUCGUCACAGGACUGGUAUAUCACCAAUUCGGCCUGUCCCAUGCCGGUGUUGUAUUGGCAACGAUUGCAGCGUACACAGGUUUCACUGGAGGAAUUACCCAAUGGAGGACAAAGUUCCGCCGUGAUAUGAAUCGACUUGAAAACCAAGCCUCGGGUCGAGUGGUAGAUUCCCUUGUCAACUACGAGACAGUGCAGUUCUUCAACAACCUCCCUCACGAAUUGUAAGUAUCGAACAAAGAGGUUUGUGUGCCAAGAAUUAUCGUCCCAUUGCUUUAGCAUUUAUUUGGAUUAUUUACGACUUUUUGUUUUCCCCUUGUUGUUUCCAGAGAGCGUUACGAAGACUCCCUCAAAGGAUACCAAAAAGCUGCCAUACAAGCACAACAAUCGUUGAGUCUUCUGAAUUUUGGACAAGCCGCAAUACUUUCGGUCGGAAUGACAGGAAUAAUGAUACUAACAGCCCAGCAAAUUGUGGACGGAACGGCCACAGUCGGCGACCUAGUCUUAGUCAACGGACUCUUAUUUCAAUUGUCAGUUCCUCUCAAUUUCAUUGGUUCAGUUUAUAGGUAAGUGAUCUAUUCGUUGGAUUUUUUUAUUGUACCACAAACCACCAAAUCAAUUAUCUACGCUAUCUCAAUUGUUCUGUUACUCCGAUAGAGAACUUUCACAAUCGCUUCUUGACAUGGAACAGACAUUCGAGCUAAUCGAUACGACAACACCAAUUUACAAUGAUGCUACAAAGCUAAAUUAUGAUCCUAAGACCAUGACGACCAAUAUCUCGUUCGACCGUGUUGAUUUUGCCUAUCCCGGGAAGCAAGAUCGACAAAUCUUGAAUAACUUGUCUUUGACAAUUCCUCAAGGCAAAACGAUAGCCUUUGUUGGAAGUUCUGGUUGUGGAAAGUCGACGAUUCUGAGGUUACUUUAUCGGUUUUAUGAUCCUUCCAAUGACACUAGUAGUGUUUCUAUCGGUGACCACGAUCUCAGGGACUUGAACUUAGAAUCGUUUCGGAAAAAUAUUGCUGUUAUCCCUCAAGAUACUGUACUCUUCCACGAAUCUAUUGGGUAUAAUAUACAGUAUGGGAACUUGGAAUCAAGCUGGGAAGAUGUCAUCAAAGCUGCUAAGCAGGCAAAAAUUCAUAACACAAUAAUGAGUUUUCCUGACGGUUACGAUACCGUGGUUGGAGAGAGAGGUAGGUUGAUGUAUUCUGAUUUCUUUCUAUCAUUGGAUGCCAUUGGCAUGGAUCUUUGUUCGUUUUUCUGAAUAAUUUUUGACUUUGUAUUUCUCGAUUAUUUUUGACUUGGCGUUUCUCAGGUCUGAAGCUUUCCGGCGGAGAAAAGCAACGAGUAGCCAUCGCUCGAGCAAUUUUAAAGGAUGCACCUAUCCUUCUCUGCGACGAGCCGACAUCAUCAUUAGAUAGCCAAACUGAAUCAGAUAUUAUGAAUCACAUCAAACAACUGGGACGAGAUCGUACGACAAUUAUUGUAGCACAUCGCCUUUCAACGAUACAAGAUUGUGACGAUAUCAUUGUCCUUCACGACGGUCAAGUUGUAGAGCGCGGGACGCACAAAGAACUCGCAGAUCUUCGAGGUCGCUAUGCAGAAUUGCUCGCAGUGCAAACUACCACAGUCGGAGAUAAAUGAUAAUAUUGGCA